AUGGCGUCUAACUCCCAAAAGGCCCCUUUCACUCUUCCAUUAGUAAUCUUGUUUUGCAUCUAUGUGAUGUUCUCUUCAUCUCUUGUUGCUAUUGAGGAAGCAAAUGCUCUCUUAAAUUACUGGAAAGGAAUUACUUGUGAUGAAUCCAUGUCCAUCUCCACCAUAAAUCUCACAGGUAUGGGAAUACAAGGUAUACUUCACAGUCUCAACUUCUCAUCUUUCCCUAAACUCCAGGUUUUUGACAUCAGUGACAAUGAGUUUUAUGGAAGUAUUCCCAGCCAAAUUGGUAACUUGUCUAGUAUUCAUACACUGUAUAUAGAUCAUAAUUUCUUGAAUGGUUUCAUCCCUCCAGAAAUAGGGGUGUUAACUACUCUAAAUAUGCUUGGAAUUGGUGAGAAUAAUCUCAAUGGGCUUAUUCCCAAAGAAAUUGGGAACUUAAGGAAUCUGGAAAUACUAUCCUUUUACUCAAAUCAUUUGUCUGGUCCCAUUCCUCCUGAAAUUGGGAAUCUCUAUUCUCUCACCACAUUGGUGUUGUCAACAAAUAAUUUGUAUGGGCCAAUACCACACUUCAUUGGAAACUUCACAAAUCUCGCUUUGUUAGACUUGUCAACCAAUAGACUUACGGGAUCAAUCCUAUCCUCUCUAGGAGACAUGGUCAAUUUACAAAACCUCUACCUUAGGAAUAACUCUGAUCUUUCUGGACCUAUUCCUUGUGAAUUUGAGAAUCUCUAUUCUCUCAUUGAAUUAGAUUUUUCAGUAAACAAUUUAUAUGGGCCAAUACCAUACUUCAUUAGAAACUUCACAAAUCUCACUUUGUUAGACUUAUCGGCCAAUAGACUUGUGGGAUCUAUCCCAUCCUCUCUUGGAGACUUGAUCAGUUUACAAAACCUCUACCUUGGGGAUAACUCUUAUCUUUCUGGGCCUAUUCCUUGUGAAUUCGAGAAGCUCUAUUCUCUCAUUAAAUUGGAUUUGUCAGUAAACAAUUUGUCUGGGCCAAUACUACACUUCAUUGGAAACUUCACAAAUCUCACUUUGUUAAGCUUGGAGGUCAACAAACUUUCAGGAUCAAUCCCAUCCACUCUAGGAGACUUGGUCAGUUUACAAAACCUCUACCUUAGGAAUAAUGCUCUUUCUAUGCUUAUUCCAUCUAACAUAGGAAACUUGACUGAACUACAAAUUCUUGAUCUAUCUCAAAAUAGAUUAUAUGGCCCAAUACUAUCCUUCUUUGGAAACCUCACAAAACUCAUUGCAUUGCAAUUGGGGUACAACAAACUUUGGGGAUCAAUUCCAUCUUCUAUAGGAAACUUGAAUGACUUAACUGGCCAUUUACCAAAAAAGUUUUGUCUUGGAGGAUCACUUGAAUAUAUUGCUGCUUCUGCAAACAAAUUCACCGAUCCAAUUCCAAAAACCUUGAAAAAUUGCUCUAGCCUCAUCAGACUCUUUCUUGAUAAUAACCAAUUGGUUGGGAACAUAAGUGAUUUUGGUGUGCUUCCAAAUUUGAAAUACAUUGAUUUGAGUGGCAAUAAAUUGUAUGGUCACAUUUCAUCAUUAUGGGGAAAGUGUCAAAACCUUGCAACACUUAAGAUUUCCAACAACAAUCUUUCUGGUCAUAUACCACCAAAAUUGGGAGAGGCAACUAAUCUCGGGAAACUCAAUCUCUCUUCAAAUCACUUGACAGGUGAAAUUCCAAAAGAAUUGGGAAAAAUGGUCAAAUUGACUAGACUUUCUUUGAGCAACAAUCAACUUUUCGAUCAGAUUCCAAAAGAAAUAGGAUCAUUGAAUCAACUUAAAAAAUUGGAAUUGGCAGCAAACAAUUUUACCAGCUCAAUCCCAAAACUCAAGGGACUUUCCAAGUUAUUUCUCUUGAACUUGAGCAAAAAUAAAUUUGAGGCAAGCAUUCCUAUUGAGUUUGGUCAGUUACAAGCUCUGGGAUAUCUUGACCUUAGUGAGAAUAUGUGUGUGUGGAGCAAUACCGAAAACACUUGGAACAUUAAAGAUGUUAGAAAUUUUAACAUUUCACAUAAUAAUCUCUCUGGCACCUUUCCGUCCAACACAGGUUUAUGUGGUAAUGUCACUGGCUUGGAGCUUUGUAACAAAUAUAACAAUGACCCACAAGGUCAUAUAAACAAAACAGCAAAGCUAUUAGUGUCAUUGCUCGUUUGUUUCGUGACCAUAAUUCUGGUGGUGGGUGAAAUUUCCUAUAUUCUGAUUCAAAAAUCAAAGAAAAGAAAAGGUCAUGAUGGAGAAGCAAUAACUCUCAAUCUUUUCUCUAUUUUGGGUUUUGAUGGAGAACUUUUGCGUGAAAAAGUUGUUGAGGCUACGGAGGAUUUUGAAGACAAAUAUCUCAUUAGAGUUGGAGCACAAGGAAGUGUAUAUAAAGCUGAAAUACUUGACGGUCAAUUUUUUGCUGUGAAGAAGCUUCAUCCAAAUUGUAACGCACAUUUCUCUAAUCUUAAAGCAUUUUCAAGUGAAAUUAAAGCAUUGACAGAGAUCAAACAUCGCAAUGUAGUGAAGUUACUUGCAUUCUUUUCAAAACCACGUAUAUCAUUUCUUGUUUACGAGUUCCUUGACAGUGGUAGCUUGGAUCAUAUUUUAACAAAUGAGAUACAAGCAUCUACACUUGAUUGGGAUAAGAGGGUAAUUGUUAUUAGAGGCGUGGUUGAUGCAUUAUUCCACAUGCACCAUGGUCUCUCAUGUCCUAUAAUUCAUCGUGACAUAUCAAGCAAAAAUAUUUUGUUAGAUUCAGAAUAUCAAGAAGCUCAUAUAACUGAUUUUGGAGUAGCCAAGUUUCUAAAGCUUGACUCAAAUAACACAACCUCAUUUGUUGGCACCUAUGGCUAUACCGCUCCAGAGAUAGCUUUUACCAUGCAAGCAAAUGAGAAAUGCGAUGUUUAUAGUUUUGGUGUUCUUACUUUAGAAAUUCUAAUGGGAAGACAUCCAGGAGAGUUGAUUUGUUCUUUGACAGAGAUUCCAUCCUAUGAUUUGCCAUUUAAGGAUGUGUUGGAUCAACGACUUCCUCCACCCUCAAACUCAAUUGUCAAGGAAGUAAUGUUGAUGGCAAAAAUAGCACUUGCUUGCUUGAAUGAAAAUCCACAAUGCCGUCCAACAAUGGAACAAGUAUAUAUGGAACUUGUAAGGCCUAAACCUUAUUUAGCAAGCCAGUUUGACGACAUCACACUAGGACAACUCAUGAAAGAUUAACCUUCCUGGAUAAUUCCUUUGCUUGUCCUUUGUAUUUGUCGUUGCAUUUGUGUUCAUCUAUAAUUUGAACUCCUCUUUGUUAUUUGUGUUCUGCAAGUGUUGUUGAUCAAGAAUAUAAAGUAGGUUGC